AUGUCCCGCUCGCAGUACGGUCGCCAUUCUGCCAACGACCUUGCCUACGGAGAGGAACCUCAAGCCCAACGAUGGGACCGCGACCGCUUCGAACGCUACUCACGUAGACCUCCUGCCCCCGUCGAAGAACGCGAGACUUUCCGCUUCAGCGAGCAUGACCGUAAUGGUCGCCAAGAUAUCCGUAUAGAAGACAGAAUCGACAGAGGCCCACCUCCACGACGUGAGAGAGACGCAUUCGCCGAAGACUACUAUGGCCCUGCUGCUAGACCACGUCGUUCAGACCGUGAGCUCUUUGGCGACAGAGACCCUCGCGAACUUGCCGACCUCCAGAUCGCUCCCUACAGAAGAAAGUCAAUUGUCGACCGCGAAUUUGAAUUCCGCGAGACCAGAAAUGUCCCCAGACCAGGUCUUCAAAGGAGACAGAGCAGUCUUGACACCUUCGACCGUCGGCCUCUACGCCGAUAUGAGCAAGACGAGUACCGCAUCCCUCCUGGCGUCCCCAUUCCUCUUCCGCGACGUCGCUCACCAUCACGCGGACCCCCUGGCCGCUGGUAUGAGGAAGACUACGAUGACGUGAGAUACAGAGAUUACUCUCCUCAAGACUCGUACCGUGAUGUCGAAAUCAUGCGCGAGAAGAGCGUCCACCGUAGGCGUGGAAACCGUGAAAGGGCAAGAAGUGAUGCUCGUAGCUCGACGACCAAGCGUAGCGGACGAUCACAUCGCAGCUCCAGCAGUAGCAGUAGCAGCGAGAGCAGUUUCACCGAAGUCAGUCGUCGCAGUAGCCCUAGUCCGCCAAAGAUUGGCAAGAAAGGAAAGACCCGCAUGCCAAAGAGGCUGGUACGCAAGGAGGCUAUCAUCAACCUGGGCUAUCCGUUCGAGGAGGAGGACGACUUCAUCAUCGUCCAGCGAGCUCUCGACAAAGAGCAUAUUGACGAAGUGAUUCGCAUCAGCGAACAGUACAAGGUUGAGCCGAAAACCAAGACGUACCGCUACGACGACCCGCCAGCUGAAGAGCAUUUCGAGCACCUCAAGACCGAGUGGAUUAACCCUCCCAGCGUUCGCGCUCCCUCCCCAGCCCGCUCUGCUCGUACUCGCCGCAGCUCUCCUGCUCGUACAGUCCGCCAACCAUCGCCUGCUCCUCCGCCUCCUCAACCACAAACUAUCUAUAUCCGCGACCCUCCUCCAGCCCCUCCCCCGGCUCCGAUCUACAUCAGAGAGCAAGCGCCCCCUCCACCCCCUGCUCCCAUCUACAUCCAGGAGCCCGCUCGACCUGCUCCGCCUCAACCACAACCCAUGACCAUCGUGCUUCCCGAACGCCGCCGCGAACACAGUCGUGAUGUGCAUGCCGAAGUUCGCGCCUUGGAAGCCGAAGCUCGCGCUCUCCGUCUCGAACGCGAAGCCCAACAGCACCACCACGGUCAGAUCGUCAUAGCCCAACCACAACAGACCGGCUACGAGAUGGUCGAGUACAGAGAACGUCGCCCGGAUCGAGAAAUCGUGGAAUAUGUCGAGCGGGACAAGAGCCCCAAGAGAGAGGUCAUCCGUGUGGAAAAGGAUCGGAAAGCGGCAGAUAAGGAGAGACGACAGGCUAGAAAGAUUGCCAUGAUGAUGGCGACGCUUUCAUGA